GAUUCGCACUCGGAACACACCACGGAUGAAGCGAUUCUUGCCAGGUUAGGAUACAAACAGGAGUUUCGAAGGGCAUUUACUCCUUUAGAAGUCUUUGGUGUUGCGUUCAGUAUCGUGGGUCUCCUUCCUUCUAUUGCCUCGGUGCUCUUCAAUGCCUUGCCCAACGGUGGUCCUCUUGCAAUGGUUUGGGGUUGGCUGGCUGCUAGCGCUUUUAUCAUGUGUAUCGGGUUGGCCAUGGCGGAGCUUGCAUCUGCGGCACCUACCUCCGGUGGACUAUAUUACUGGACACAUUCACUUGCCUCCCCUCGUUGUCGAAAUUUACUGUCGUGGAUAGUCGGGUAUGCCAAUACGAUCACAUCUAUCGCAGCCCUUGCUUCUGUGGAUUGGGCAUGCGCGAUACAAAUCACAGCGGCAGUUAGCAUCGCAUCUAACCAGGUAUACGUGACGACGAAUGGGCAGAUCUAUGGCAUAUUUGCAGCCUUAGUGGUGUCCCAUGCUGUCCUUGUGAGCCUCGGGACGCGAGUCCUGGCAAGACUUCAAAGACUAUACAUCCUCCUGAAUGUGUGCCUCUGCUUCGUCGUCAUCAUCGCCCUUCCAAUUACAACGCCAUCAGAAUACAGAAAUAGCGCUAGCUACGCACUUGGGGACUUCACUAACUUGGACGGCUGGCCAUCUGGACUUGCGUUCAUAUUGAGUCUUUUGGCGCCUCUUUACACAAUAGGGGGGUAUGAUUCAAGCGUACACAUGAGUGAGGAGGCAUCCAAUGCCACUACCGCCAUACCAUGGGCAAUUGUCGGCUCGAUUGCAGUAUCUGCAGCCCUUGGCUGGGGCAUCAACGUCUCCCUCGCAUUUUGCAUGGGCACUGAUAUCGAAGGCAUCUUGACCAGUCCGAUUGGUCAACCUAUGGCACAGAUCUUUUACAACUCGUUUGGGCAGAAAGGAGCGCUAGCCAUUUGGUCUCUUGUUAUCGUGGCGCAAUACAUGAUGGGAUCGAGCUGUCUGCUUGUCGGUUCCCGCCAGACGUUCGCAUUUGCUCGGGACGGCGGCCUACCAUUCUCGCGAUAUUUUUACCGAAUCAACGGCUACACGAGAACGCCAGUCAAUACUGUCUGGCUCGAUGCCUCGCUCGCUCUUGCAAUUGGUCUUCUGGCGUUCGUGAGUACACAGGCUAUCAAUGCGGUGUUCACUCCUGGAGUCACCUCAUCGUACAUCUCUUACAUCAUACCGAUCGUAACCCGUUUCGCUUUCAAGAAUGAUUUUAAGCCCGGACCAUUUAAUCUUGGGAAAUUUAGCUUUCCCGUCGCAGCAAUUGCUGUGUCAUGGAUGGUCUUCAUGAAUAUUAUUUUCUUCUUUCCUGCGACCCCACAGACUACUGUACAAGAGAUGAACUAUACGGUGGUUGUCCUAGGUGGUUUCAUGUCCCUCGCUGUUUUCUGGUAUUAUUGUCCGAUAUACGGAGGUGUACACUGGUUCAAUGGACCUGUAUCUAACAUAGUAUCGACCAACAAAGGGCAAGAUGAAGACUCGUCGUCAGAGAAGAUGGAGAAAGGGCGAGGCGCAGAUGUAAUUAUUGUGGAUGUUUAAGUCUAGUCCUCUUUGAUACCAUUAUCGGAAAGUUGUGACUUUGUUAUGCCCCGCUUUGAUCUCCAGUAACCUGUAAUCUUCAGACAAACAUAGCGUUUGCGGUACUGAGUAAGCAGUCCACAGGUAACAUGGAAGAUUAUACAACCAUCUCAGAAAUGU